GUUGAGGUCAUAUUAGGGUAGAUCGAUCAACUAACAUCGGUGCUAACAUUCUUGGACGGCAGAGUGUGUAUGGACCCCACUUGGUGUGGCAUGCUUAAUAGCAAACCAAUGAGAAUUUAGAGGAAUUGCGUUCCCCAAUCAUGUCUGGAGACAUCAGAGAACAGGCUGCCUCACGCCACAAACACCGACGGCACCCCACCCACACGAAAGAUGAUGACCUCCUCGGUAGUGUUGAGUUAGACCUUUCACCAAGGACAGAGCUCUCUCCUCGGACGAAAAGGAGCCCAAGAGAUCGGUCAUUCUCCCUGGACAUUAAUGUUGAUGAGUUGAGCCCUAGAUCCCGACCAGGAGGGCAGCGGAAGACGAGCUCGACUGAUGAGGAAAUUAGUCCAAGACCGCGUACAGGAGGACGACAGAGACAGGCUAGCACGGAGGCUAAGGACAUCUUGAUUGAAAAGAUCGUCCCGGCAGAGGCCCCAUCAGCGGGAGUGACAGCCACCUUUAUAAAAUGCAAGUGCCAGGGCAAAGAACUGAGAGCCAUGAUCAACACCGCCCUUCCCAUCAAUCUGAUAUCAAAAUCGGCCGCAGCAGCGUGUGGCCUUCAAAGCCGAGCUGAUGCCAGAGUGAAGAGUGUAGAAGUUACAUUUGGAGAAGAUAGGAAAGUAAAGCUCGACCUUAAAGUCGAAAGUGAUUGCUCAGACCUCGUACUAGGAGUGGAGUUCCUCAAAAUGAAUAUGAGUCAGUUGGAUUUCGCCAACUCUGUCCUCCUCAUUCAUGGUAACACCAAGAUUCCUUUCUUGACGGGUCGUGACAUUCCUCCAAAAUAUCGCUCGAACACUACUCCAGCUUCUUCUCUUUAGGAAAGACGCAAAGAGGGCUCAAGCGGUUGUUGUUAAAAUGUGUCUAAAAUGUAUUG